UUCUUUUGCUCGUAGCAGCGUUGGCUGAAUGGGAAUGAACUAGUGCCACUACCCAAGAUUGAGGUGCGAGAUAUUACGUGCGAGGCCCCAGCACUGGACAGCGUCGAGAUGCUUCGGCUCGAGACCACAUGUCUCCAAUCCAGCAACAGAAAGCUUUGGACCCGACCAAAUUUCCAACGCAUCCGCGUGUUCCUUGCCUUCCCGGCAUUGCAGUGGCUCCUUCAUGAAUACCCCACUCUGCCCAUCACGGGAGAGGGAUUGACGGCUAAGGGGUGGAAAACCAACCCGACCCAGUCAUGGAAAGAGAAGGGCGAUCUCGUUCUAAUCGAUGCCACCAGCUACCACGCUCUGCAGUUUGUCUUUCCGAUCGUCUUUGGGGUCGAAGGAGAAGCUUAUCACCAUGGGCCAGUCUCCAGUGGUGGCCCUUAUGUUGUAUCUAGCCGUUGCGGAACGCUACCCCGAACACUAUCUCCACCUCUAUAUCUGCAGGUCCACGGAAAAUAAUCAAGCGAUGGAUCACUUCCAGAACAGGCCCACUGGCAACUAGGCACCGGGAAUAUUGAUCGUGACAUCGGGGAUGCUGGGGACUGGCCGUGCCUUGACACGCACACGUAAGAUGGUGCUGAUGGGGUCCCACGUGAACCGCCUGCCCUAGGGAUAGGCCGCUUGCUUGUGGAUGAUGGCGGCGAGGCUGCAACGUAUUUGUACAAGCUUUGAACUCUGCAAAUGGACGGGA